AUGACGAGUUCAGGAAAAAUUGACGAGUAUCUCGGCGAACUGCGUGAUUUUAAGGGAUCUCCAUUUUAUCCGCGUAAUGUUUUAGGAAAGAUACCAAUAUCAGCAGAUAUUAGUGUUAUCAUUUUUUUGUGGUUCAUCGGCAAUACUGAGCCGUUGAGAACAUUUUCAGAACGCUUCGACGUUUCUAUCUCUUCUGUCUUCAGGAUUAUACGAAGAGUUGCCGAUUUUCUUCUUUACAAAUCACCUGAUAUAAUAAAAUGGCCACAAAAUGGUCAAAUUCCAAACAUCACAAAUAAAUUUCAAUUAAUAGCAGGGAUGCCGAAUGUAAUAGGUGCAAUCGAUUGCACACAUGUGAAAAUAGUAACACCCAAAGUAAAUAGUCGUGAUUUUUAUAAUCGUAAAAAAUACCAUUCCAUUAAUUUACAAGGAGUAGUUGAUCCUGAAAUGAGAUUUAUCAACGUUUAUUGUGGUGAACCUGGAUCUCUACAUGAUGCUCGAGUCCUCAGAAGAUCACCGUUAUAUCAUGCAGCUAAUAAUAAUCAGAAUUUACUUUUUCCAAUGAAUACUCACAUUAUUGGUGAUUCUGUUUAUCCCAUCUUUCCAUGGCUUGUUAAACCAUACAAAGAUAAUGGACUAUUGAUUCCAAAUGAAAGGCACUUCAAUCGAUUGAUAUCAACGACAAGAGUUGUAGUUGAGAGAGCAUUUGGAUGUUUAAAAGGUCGAUUUCGUCGAAUAAAAUUCUUCACCGAAUAUACAGAUUUACCAUUUGUUGUAAAAGUCGUUAUGAGUGCUUGUGUUCUCCAUAAUUACUGUAUUAAUGAAAAUGAUACUCCAGUGGAUACCGAUGAAGAUGAUGAUUCAGAUUUUGAAGAUCCAUUGGAUGAGAAUAUUGAUGGUAUUGAUCACAGAGAACGAUUACUCAAGCUUUUGUUAAAUGAAACGUAA